AUAUUUUGCUUCAUUGACGCAAUAUCAUUUCGCUCAAUUUUUAUUAAAAGCAAAAUGGUGUAAUUAUUCCUUAAUUAAAGUCAAUUUAUACCAAUCGAAUUUGCAUAACCAACUUUUGAACUGUUACAUUAUUCUGUAACAUCGUUAUUCGACAACAUUGGUCUUGUUUUGCUACAAAAAUGACUAUCGAAUGCAACAAGGACGAUGCAGAUCGAUGCAUUGAAAUCGCUCAAAAUGCUUUAUCUGCUGGAAACAUUGAAAAAGCUGAGCGAUUUUUGUUAAGAGCUGAACGUUUGUAUCCUACUGCACGCGCCAAAGAGCUGCUAAUCCGUCUUAGGGCUGCAGGAAAUGCUGGUGCACCGCCGAAACGAAGUCCCCCGAAUUCUCCAAGUGCUGAAGAAGUGAGACGCAGGAAGACUCCGUCACAUCAACCACCACAGAGAGAGUACACUCAAGAUCAAUUGGAGGCGGUCCGAAGGAUUAAUACUAAAUGCAAGGAUUACUAUGAAAUCUUGGGUGUGUCAAAGGAAGCUACAGACUCUGACAUAAAGAAGUCCUACAAGAAGCUUGCGCUCCAGCUGCAUCCAGACAAGAACCAUGCGCCUGGAGCUGCGGAGGCUUUUAAGGCUAUAGGCAACGCAGCAGCGAUCUUAACAGAUCCAGAGAAACGCAAGCAGUAUGAUGUGCGGGGUGAGGAGCCGGCACACACCACACACCAUCACCAAACAUACUAUGCUCGAGGAUUUGAAUCGGAUCUUACUGCGGAGGAGCUUUUUAAUAUGUUCUUUGGAGCUACAGCAUUCUCCGGAGGUGGCCCAACUGUGUACAGCCGGCGACGUGCUCGUGAGCCGGAGCCCCGCGAGUCCCACACCAGCCUGGUGCAGCUGCUCCCGGUAGCUGUGCUGGUACUCCUCUCCAUGAUGUCGGGCUUCUUCAUCAGCGAGCCCGUCUUCAGCAUCACUGCUAACUCCAAGUAUCCUGUGCCCCGGGAGACUGUCAACUUAAAGCCCUUUAGGUUACAAACGCUAACAAACAUCCAUCCAUCCAUCGUUACUUUCGCAUAUAUAAUAUUUAUGUAUGUAAUUAUUAUUGUGACAGUGAGUCUCCGGCAUGCAUGCCAGCGGGAACGUAACUACCGCGACAGUAUGACGUGGAAGGCUCGCAACUUUGGCGACACGCGUCAGUACCAGGAGGCGCAGAAGUUGCGAACACCCAGCUGCGAGAAGCUGCAGAACUUGCAGCGGUAGACCAGCAAUAGUACGUAUCACCAAUCAUGACCGGUCACAAAUUUGUCACUCACGUUAUGACGAAUCACAGAUUUGUCAUUGUUAUGUUAAAAACACUACAAUAGGCAAUAUGCAUAUGACGCCAAAUUGCACCAAACUUUUCUUAAGUAUACUUUA